AUGAAGUACUCCCUCCUCAGUGUCAUUGCCCUCUUCGCGGCAUCAGCCACCGCCCAAACCAACAACGCCAUCGCGGGCAUCGACGAUCGCGCUCGUUCGCUCCACGAGGUGUCUGAACCCGAAGGCGAUGCCGACGUCAACGCCACCGCCAAGGUGACUCUACCCAGAGGCGAUGCCGACAUCCUCGCUUGCCAGCAACAAAACACCAACUACAUCCCGUCUCUCAAGGCCGGACAGUACGUGUUGUGUCUGCCGGUCCUGAACUGGCAGUGA